AUGUCUCGAUUUAUUCACCAUCAACCACGCGACACCGUGCAUCACCAACCGCAGCCAUCGGUGUCACGUGAACGGUCUCGUAGUCCCGGCUUGAACCCCUACGAGACCGUUCCGUGUCAGCCGUCGUCGUCGUCUGGAGUUCAGCCGGGACCAUCGGGUGCACAAUAUCAGCCACCAAUUCACAUUGAAGUUUCGGUAGACUUCACACGGCCAGAUGGACAGAGAACGAGGCCACUGUUGGUGGAGAACCGACGGCUAUAUGUUGAUGAGCAUUACAUAUCUGUAUGGAGCCCAGUUUUGAGAGCCUGGUGUGUGGAAUGUCCAGAUCGAGAGCUAAUCCUAGCCAAUGUCCAAUACGAACACGUUCUAGAGAUGCUAGAAUGCAUACACCCCACAUAUAAAGCUGUAGAUGAUCAAUCCGUGCAUAUUUUACUUCCGUUAGCUUAUGAUUAUCAGAUGGAAGGCCUCCUUCACCGCUGCGAAUGUUUCCUUAUCAGUCACAACCUGCCAUUUCUAGAAAAAGUAUGGAUAGCAGAUAGAUACAAAUUGAAUCGACUACUAGUUCUAUGUCUCCGAGAGAUGCGUCCAAAUAGCAAAGUAGAUCUUAAUGGAUCCCGUUACUAUGCACUUUCUGAUAGAGUGAAGGUGUUGCUUCUGGAACGGUUACAUGGAGCAGCGGCACCUGAAGAGAUUCUGGAGCCCCCAUUGGAUCUAGAACCUUAUCAGAGGCAAUCGGAUGUUAAUUUCGCUGCGGUUAGGGCUAAAACCGGUCGACUGUAUUAUGUGAAUCCGUACUACAUGGCUGCCUGGAGUAAUGUGUUUGAAGAGAAGCUGUGCAGUACUUCGAGCGGAGUUGAGGAAAUGUUCUGCCCGUGUACACAUGAAGAAUUGAAAGCCUUUCUAAUGGCCAUUCAUCCACCACAGUUGAGGAUCAAUGAAACCAACAUCGGCCCAAUUCUAAUGUCGGCGUGCAAAAUGGAAUCGCCAGCUCUUCUUCGGAAAUGCGCAAAUCUUCUGUUAUCUCCACACACCCAAUUGUCCGUAUUCGUCAGACUAUCCCUUCUCGACAGAUGUUUCCUCCAUGAGAUGUUGCCUCAGUGUUUGCAGAUGGUGUUGAGACCGGAGAAUCUGAUUCAGAUGACGCAGCAGACAACUUACGACUGCCUUUCCACACGAGCCAAAGCUGCUAUGAUGGACCGCCUAGGGAUUCUCUUGGACAAUCCCGGCCUACAAUCCCAUCACUGCUCCAGAUGCAAAGCCACGAAUACCUGUGGAGCGGUCACAUGGAUGUGUCCAUCCUGCAAAACCUACUCAACAGACACGAAUCUCGUUCGGAACACCAACACAAACAAUGUUUCAACGACGACGAAUACUGGAUACGGUGCCAAUGCCACAACCGUAGACAAAACCCAACAGGGUUACGGUACUACUUCGACUAUGAACACAGGAUACGGUAACGCUGGGGGUACAGUAGGUGGAUUCAAAUGA